ACAAGACAAAUUCUCAAUCCAACAUGCAUACCAUCCAUGUGUCCUAAAUCUGUGUGCACCACAUAAUUGGAAUCUACAGAUCAGGUGAAAGGCUCUCUGCUGUCCUUUUUGACCAGUUCUCCCAAAAAACCAUCUCAGAAGAUGAAAGAGGACUAGAGGAUGUGACAAGUGAUGAGGAAGAGGGCUUAAAGAAGUGUAGGGAGGUUAUACAGAAAGGGAUGUCUGAGGAUACUAGUUGUGCAGAUGCUAGUCCUCUGCUAGAGGGUGUUGAUGAUGAUCAUGGAGGAGAAAAGAGGGACGGGAGGUGGUGGAAGCGAAUUUUGGAUGUAGAGGAGGCCAAGAAGCAGCUCUUGUUUGGACUUCCAAUGAUCCUUUCCAAUGUUUUUUACUAUUCCAUCACUCUGGUAUCUGUCAUGUUCGCUGGCCACCUGGGGGACCUUGAGCUUGCUGGCUCCAACCUUGCCAACUCAUGGGCCACUGUCACUGGUUUGGCUUUCAUGAUUGGCCUGAGUGGUGCACUGGAGACACUAUGUGGGCAAGGAUAUGGUGCGAAACUGUAUAGAAUGUUGGGGAUUUAUCUUCAAGCCUCUUGCCUCGUAUCAUUAUUCUUCUCUAUCUUUAUAUCCAUUCUUUGGCUCUACACAGAACCAAUCUUGAUCUUACUUCACCAAGAUUCACACAUCUCAAAAGCAGCUGCCCUUUACAUGAAGUAUCUUGUGCCUGGAAUCUUUGCAUAUGGCUUCCUGCAAAACAUUUUGAGGUUUCUUCAGACACAAUCCAUCGUGUUGCCUCUUGUCGUAUGCUCACUGCUCCCAUUAGUGAUCCAUGUUGGCUUUGCAUAUGUUCUGGUUCAUUGGACAGUUCUUGGCUACAAGGGAGCAGCGCUGGCAGCUUCGGUUUCAUUGUGGAUAUCAGUCCUGAUGCUAGCCUUGUAUGUGAGUUAUGCCAAGAAAUUUGAGCAUACAUGGAAAGGAUUUUCUUUCGAGUCAUUCAGUUAUAUUCUAACAAACUUGAAAUUGGCUCUUCCCUCUGCUGCAAUGGUGUGUUUGGAGUUCUGGGCAUUCGAGAUUCUAGUGUUCUUAGCUGGACUGAUGCCAAAUUCAGAAACUACUACUUCAUUAAUCGCGAUGUGUGUGAACACAGAAAAUAUAGCAUACAUGAUUUCUUAUGGUCUCAGUGCAGCAGCAAGCACAAGGGUGUCAAAUGAGCUUGGAGCCUGCAAUCCCAACCGGGCUAAGACCGCCAUGGUUGUCACUCUCAAGCUUGCUCUCCUCCUUGCUGUGUUAGUUGUUGUAGUCCUAGCCCUUGGUCACAACAUCUGGGCUAGCUUCUUCAGUGAUAGCAGAGUCAUAAUAAAGGACUAUGCCUCCAUGGUGCCCCUGCUUGCAAUCUCAAUACUAAUUGACUAUGCACAAGGUGUCUUUUCAGGGGUGGCCAGAGGAUGUGGCUGGCAGCACUUGGCUGUGUACAUCAACUUAGCUACAUUCUACUGCAUUGGUGUGCCAAUUGCCAUCCUUCUUGGGUUUAAAUUGGAGCUACAUGUCAAGGGCUUGUGGAUAGGCCUAAUAUGUGGUCUCUCAUGCCAAGCUGGGAGUCUUAUGUUGAUCACACUGCACACCAAAUGGACAAGAGUGGAGCUCUCUGUGAACCAAGAAAAAGAAAACCCCAAGCCGGUUAAUUGAAUUUAUGAUAUCCCACCUCAGGUAAGGAAAGAAUUUUCUGACAUUAUAUAUGUGGUGGGUUUCUCUUAACCGGGUAAGCACAUUUUAAAGCCACAAGAACCCUAUGGAUUCAGAACAGAUGAUAUCUACAUAAGAGGAAACGCGUUUUGAGAGAAUGCUGCACAAAGGCUAAUAUGUUGAUAGAUGGUAUUAGGAAGCAUGUGCAUUUGAGAAGCUUGAUUACUGAUAUUAUCAACAAUGUGUUUGAAUCCCAAAUGGGGAAGAAAGCAAAGGAGAAAAUGAAUUUAUCAGAAUUGGAUGAUAAAGGGCAUUUCAAAUAAAAAAUUCCUUGGCUUUCUGUUAUUACAAACUAUAAAAAGAAUCAGAAAGCUGUUUGGUUGAUGAGAAAUUUAGGACAAACAAGGUAGUUAAGGUAACAAUUAUUUACUAAAAUAUGACAUAAAGUCAACACACACCCCAGUAAGUUCCACCAUAUUUUCCUCUUCAUCAUUAGUUAAUCAAACAAACAAAUGUCUCUCAGCCCAAAACCACAAACCCUGUAAACCCUUAUAAAUAGCACCGGCAUAUUCUCCAUAUCCUCCAUUGCAUUCAAGGCUAGCUAGCUAACUCUACUAUCCUCCAGGGGCUCAAAGGCGCAAGACCGGAAACUCAGAGAAAUGGCUCGCAGCAAAGCUGCAGCAGUGAUCCUAAUUGCCAUGGUUAUAGGGUUUGCAUGGGUUGAUGCAGAAGAUGCUGCUUCUGAGAAGGCUUGCUAUGAUUCAUGCUUCCCUACUUGCAUGAAGCUGAAGCAUGUAACCGCAGAGCUUUGUAACACAGAAUGCAAUGGCCUUUGCACCAAUCAGUUAUCAAGUGUGCACAAGAUCCAUUAAUCUCUAAUUUUACAACCAAUUUGUAUGCAUGGAGGGUUGAUCUCAUGGCCUCCCAGCCCCUGGAUUUGAAUAUUGAUGAAUAAAAUGAAGCUUUUUUGCUUAUAAUUUC